AUGAAAGCUCUUGUCCUGCUUGUCUGUUUGUCAGUGAGCUGCUUUGCUCAAAGACCACAGCCAUGCUCAUCCCCACAGAUGAUGUCUGGAGGUCUUUCUGUGUCCACCCAAAACGAAAAGCUGCUGGUCUUUGCCAAGUACAGUUAUGACGCCAUUGGAAAACGCAUCCGCAUCAAAGAGUUGGGAACUUAUCACAAUGACACUUUCCAUCUUGACGUGCUCCUGCUUUACAGACAGGGUGUCAUGUACAAGAUAAACGAAAGGAGCCGUACAUGCCUCAAGAAGCGUCUGACUGAAGAUUUCCACCCACUGGCCAUCCCACAGGACGCUGCCCUGAUAAGUCAGGCCGUGCUGGGCAGCUCCUCUGUUCCUGGGGAGGGAGUCACGGUCAACAUGUGGACCGGGGAGCUGCAGAUGAAGAAGGGGACAGCAAAGUAUCUGAGCACUGUCACAGAGUUUGGAUGCGUUCCUGUCAGCACUCUGUUCAGCACGGACAGAAAAGGAUGGGUGGUGGCCAGCUUCUUUAACAACAUCAUCGGACUGGCAGAUCCUCAAGAUCUCACCCCGCCGGCAUUCUGUAAGAAUUCCCAGCUGGAGGAAGAGGAGGGGGAGCAUCUAAUGAGCUUCCUCAGCUUGUUUUAAAACACAAGGCUGUUUCCAGAAAUGUGGUUUGAUGUGAUGAUUACAGCUGUAGCGCUAGAUCAUGUUUUUUACUGACAAUUUUUGAAGCUGUUUGUGGAUCAAAUUUCUGUGUUGAGUCUG